AUGUAUUGGAUUAGUAUUAUAUUGCUUGUAUUAAGCUCGGAAGACAGUUGUGAGUCUGAGUCCCCUCUGCGGAUUCUUCACGGCCGGAAUGCUCAAGAUGGAGAAUUUCCAUUCGUGGUUGUACUUUUAAAAAGGGAAUCGGUAGAAGAUGCAAUAUCGACGGAGUCCGGGUACCCUGUGGGCCGGCAGUGUACAGGAUCUGCUAUUUCCGAAUUCUGGGCACUGACGGCCGCGCACUGCAUCGAGAAGAAGUCUUCGCCAGCCUCGUAUUAUGUCUGGCACACAAAUUUUACUUCAGCAACGGCGAUACGCAAAUUGUCUUCUUCGGUUCAGAAAAUUUUUAUACACCCCGCGUACAGUAAGCUGGUAAAACCAGAUCGCUCAACCGAGGAUUUUUUGAAGAAUGAUAUAAGUUUGUUAUUUGUCGACAAGAUGACUUUAGCCAGCUAUGGAAGACUGUUAGCGGUAGACCACUUGACUCUGAUCGGACUCCCAGCGACGUACGUCGGAGGUGGUGACACGGGCAGCACAAAACCAGGAGACGAUCAGCUCAGACCCCUGCAGGUCGGCGAGGGUGGGAUCCAGCCGUGUUCAAAGACAUCUGAGGCGAGUUACUUUAUCUGUGUUGCUCCUAAAUGUGAUUUUUUAGAACAAAAACUAUUUUUCGGAGAUACCGGCGGACCUUUGCUGUAUAAUGGUCGUAUUAUCGGAGUACUUUCUCUAUUAGACCAGUUUAAUAGUCUGUUUGCAGCGAUCAGUCCUCAUUUGAAUUAG